UCACACAGCAGCAGCAAAAGGGGAGGACGCGCGUUUUGGUUCCUCAAAGUCAACCAAAAAAAAAAAAGAAGGAAAAAAGAAAAGAAAACGACGCACACAGGGUUGGAAUUAAUACAAAAACUUGGAUUUCCACACAUUAGAGCGAACACGUCUAGUUGUUAGGAUGAGAGCCUGAGCUGGUUUCACAGCCACUUCAGUGAAAUCCAGAGAAACAGAACAGAAUCCACAGUGAGAAUCAGAAUGACAUCCACCGAGGAGCCGUCCGGUACAGUCUUGCACCGGCUCAUCCAGGAGCAGCUUCGCUACGGAAACCCCACCGACACCCGCACCUUACUCGCCAUCCAGCAGCAGGCCCUGCGGGGGGGCAGCGGGAGCAACAGUGGGCCCAGCAGCGGGGGCGACAUGGGCAGGAGCCCCAGGUCCUCUCUGGAGAGCCUCACCCAGGAGGAGCCUCCGUUCCCCCAGCUCUCUGCCAGACAAGAGCCCCAGGGCCAAGAGCACCAAGGCGACUUCCACCACUCGGAAAGCGCCUUUCAACUCUACCAGCUCCACGGUGAGGAGCUGCCCACCUACGAGCAAGCCAAGGCACAUUCUCAGUACCUGGCCACCCACUGGGCGCCGCCGAGCCCUGGCAGGCAGCCCCACGAGGGCGCCUUCCACGAGGAGGUGGAUGAGAUGGAGCGGAAGUGUGCCCACGCUCGCUCCCUCAGCGAGCACCGCAUGCAAAUCUCUCUGGAGAGGAACGACACAGUUGCCAAGGCAGAGGUGGUCAAGAGCACCUCUCACAGCUACCCCGAGCUGGCGUACUACACCCAGUGGGGCCCCCAGAGCCCAGAGAAACGCAACCCUCCACCUGAGUACUCAGCUCCCCUCCAGGGACAAGGAUUUAUCCCACACCAGGCCCAGGAGCCGGCACAAGCCCCACAGCACAGGUACAUCCAGUCCGGGCCGCCAGCUGACGUCUCUUGCUACAAUGCUUUCACCGGCUUGCCCCCUGCUGGCUUGGAGGAGCCCAACCAAGUGGAGUUGCUGUUGAUGGAGAAUGAGAGGCUGAGGCACGAGCUGGAAGCUCACCGGGAGAAAACUGGUCGUAUUCAGAAGUUGGAGCAGGAAAUCCAGCGUAUUUCAGAGGCCUACGAGAAACUGAUGCAAGGCAGCAGCAAGCGAGAGACUCUGGAGCAGACUCUGAGGAGGAGGCUGGUGGAUGAAAUCCGCCGGCUGCAGGAUUUCAACCGAGACCUGAAGGAGAACUUGGAAAGCGCCCGAACACACGUCGCCAAAGAAGUGCAGGUCGCCGACCACAACCAGCACAUCAUGGCCAAACUCCUUGAGCAAAACGAGGAGCAGAACGUGGAACGGGAGCGCAUGGAACGGGAAGCCGAACGAUUGCGGGCUGAGGCUGAGGAGCAGAGCCUACGUACCAGGAGGCUGGAGGAGGCCCUGGACGCAGCCCGGGGACGAGGCCGUCAGCUGGAGGAGGAGUUGCGUAGGAAGAGGGCCUACGUGGAAAAGGUGGAGAGGCUCCAGAGCGCCCUGGCUCAGCUGCAGUCCACCUGUGAGAAGAGGGAGAGCCUGGAGAUGAAGCUCAGGACACGCCUGGAGCAGGAGCUCAGGAGUUUGAGGGCUCAGCAGCGCCAGUCCCAACCACCCGGCGUGACCAUGGGCUCCCUCCAAGAGCGUCUGCGGGAGCGCGAGGAACGCAUCCUGGCGCUGGAGGCCGACAUGGUACGCUGGGAACAGAAGUACCUGGAGGAGAGCACCAUGAGGCAGUUCGCCAUGGAGGUGGCCGCCACUGCCGCCGCACAGAGAGACACCACCAUCAUCAACCACUCGCCCUGCCACUCCUCGAACAACAGUUUUAACGAGGACCUGCCAGUCGCGGAUGUCCGCAAUCAGGAAAUGGAGAACAGAAUCCGUGCUCUCUACGCUCAAAUCCUGGAAAAGGAUGCCGUGAUCAAGAUCCUCACCCAGCGGCUGCACCAGGACCAGGGGCGGAAGGACGAGCAGAGUUCCCGCACGAACCUCCUCAGCGCAGCCGGGGCGCCCCUGAGACUGGCCUCUUCCACGCCCUCCAUUUUCACAGCCAAGAGCGGCGCCAAGAGUCGAGGUAAGAGUCUUUCCGACGAUCAGACGUUGCCGAGCCACCUGUUUUCCGCUCAGUCGGAACCCAACACGCUGGAACGGCAGACGGAGGGAACCAAAGGCAAUGAGGCCUCCGGCAUCGCCAAGCUCAAUGCCGGUAAGACAACACCAAAGAUGUUGCUAUUAAACCCCUUCAGAGGCCUGGAGGAGUUGGAGUCGGAAGCAGUGGAGAUUUUUAUUUAAAAGACCUGAACAGUGUGAGAAAGAAUUCCCGAAAUGUGUGAAGUCUGUCACAGGAAGAAGAUAUUGGAUGUAAGAAACUGGAAUAUUGUGGGUAAUCAAAAGGGUGGUGGUGGGUGUGGGGUGGGGGUUUCCCAUAUUUAGAGGAAGAGCUGUGCUCUGACUCAGGGCUGCAGGCAGUCGGCCCAGGACUCUUCCAGGUACUUGGACAGUAUUUUGGACUGUGGUUGGCGCCUGUAUGCCAACAUAUUUAUAUACCGUAUAAAUGGAUAUACAGUAAUUGCUGCUUCCUUCCUUCUUUUUCUGUCCAAUCUUUUUCCCCCAAUCCAAUGAAUGACAAAGUUGCAUAUUUAUCUUCCCAAAUAUGAAUUUAAGCCUCAUGCUCUCGCUCCCCCCCCCCUCUCUCUCUCUCUCGGUCUCUCUCUCUCUCUCUCUCUCUCUCUCUCAGAUACUGUAAAUAUUCAGCAUUGCCCUCCGACAAAAUGUGGAUUUUUUUUAACCUGAGUAACCUCAAUUUCGUCCCCGUUGCUCACUAAUUUAUAACAGAAACACUGUUGAAUCGCCCAGGUUUUGCGUGUUUUCGACGUCUCAACAGCUGGUUCUGCUGAGGCCGAGAAGCACGUGACCAGAUGUGAUUUAUUGUAUAAAUGUUUCUUUUUUUUUUUUUUGCCAAACUGACACAGACCUGAUGUUGUUUGUAAAUGUGUGUGAGGAGGGUUGAGUUUAUUCAUAGCUGAUUUAUGUGUGUAUGCAUGUGUAAUCUCCCUCAUACGGCCAAUCCGCUGGUUCGGAUACCGUUGUGUGGGAGUUUAAAAACGUGUUUUUUUUUUGUGUGUUUACUGUGAGCUUUUUAACUAACAACCACAGGUUAAUUAUUAUUAUUGUUAUUAAGUAUAUUUUUUAUUCAGAGAUCUGUAUUAUUAUUAUUAUUAUUAUUGUAGAUAAUAUAGUGCUUUGAGCAGGACGCCAAAGAGUUUAUGUAUGUUUUUUUGUUUUUAAGUUAUGUGCCGACAAUCGCGGUCAAAGUCAAAAGUUGGACACAACCGAGCGAGUGUUGACUUCCAGCAGUCAUUUCUGUCAACUUCAGAGCAUUAUGAAGGUUUUUACAGUUGAAUUUCAAUCGACAUUUCAUAAAGCAAUAAAACAUUUGAAUUUA